GUGAUCCAGCUGUAUGAGACCAUGAUAGUACGUCACGGUGUGAUGUUGGUGGGUCCUACAGGAGGAGGGAAGACCACGGUCUACACCAUCCUGUCUGAUGCCUUAGAUACCCUGUGCCAGGCUGGCCACGGGAAACACAACCCCUUCUUCCUCCCUGUCAAGACAUACGUCCUCAACCCCAAGUCUGUCACCAUGGGAGAGCUCUACGGAGAGGUAUGCCUGGCUGACAAUGCAUCUGUGCACUAACAGACUCACAUACUGUAUUUUCACUUCAACCAUUUGAUGUCUACGAUGUGCUACGUGCUUUGCUAAAGAUGGAUGUUAAUAAAAACAUAUGGGCUGAUUCACUUGACCCCUUCUUACUGCAGCUCUCUGCUCCACUUACUGCAGCUCUCUGCUCCACUUACUGCAGCUCUCUGCUCCACUUACUGCAGAACCACUGACCUAUAUUUUUUACUUGACAAUUGUUUCUGCCGUUAUCCCUAAGAUCUGGAAAGUGGCACAUGUCCUCCCCCUACAUAAAGGAGGAGAUCCUUCUGACUAAGAUAACUACCGUCCAAUUUCCAAUUGAUCUUGCCUUUUCAAAGUUUUAGAAUCCCUGGCCAACUUUCAGCUAAUAACUUUUUUAACUUUUCACUCUAUUCUUAAUGUGCACCAAUCCGGUUUUAGACCUGGACAUACAGUGCCUAGCAAAAGUAUUCACCCCCCUUGGCGUUUUUCCUAUUUUGUUGCAUUACAACCUGUAAUUUAAAUGGAUUUUUAUUUGGAUUUCAUGUAAUGGACAUAUAGAAAAUAGUCCAAAUUGGUGAAGUGAAAUGAAAAAACUGGUCAGAAUUGAAGGAAUGAUGGAUGGCGCUAAAUACAGGGAAAUUCUUGAGGGAAACCUGUUUCAGUCUUCCAGAGAUAUGAGACUGGGAUGGAGAUUCACCUUCCAGCAGGACAAUGACCCUAAGCAUACUGCUAAAGCAACACUAGAGUGGUUUAAGGGGAAACAUUUAAAUGUCUUGGAAUGGCCUAGUCAAAGCCCAGACCACAAUCCAAUUGAGAAUCUGUGGUAUGAUUUAAAGAUUGCUCUACACCAGUGGAACCCAUCCAACUUGAAGGAGCUGGAGCAGUUUAGCCCUGAAGAAUGGGCAAAAAUCCCAGUUGCUAGAUGUGCCAAGCUUAUAGAGACAUACCAUAAGAGACUUGCAGCUGUAAUUGCUGCAAAAGGUGGCUCUACAAAGUAUUGACUUUGGGGGGGGGGGUGAAUAGUAAUGCACACUCAAGUUUUCCGUUUAAAAAAAAUCGUAUUUCUUGUUUGUUUUACAAUAAAACAUAUUUUUCAUCUUCGAAGUGGUAGGCAUGUUGUGUAAAUCAAAUUAUAACCCCAAAAAAUCAAUUUUAAUUCCAGGUAAGGUAAGGCAACAAAAUAGGAAAAAUGCCAAGGUGGGUGAAUACUUUCAGCUGCUACACUUGUUUUAGAGGAUGUGUUAAAGGCCUUUGACACUGUUAACCAUCAUUCAAAGGUUGACUGAAAUAGGCCUGGAUCAGGCUUCUUGCAAGUGGCUUGAGAAUUAUCUGUCAGACAGGACUCAAUGCAUGAUUUCUGAUCAUCAAAUCAAAUGUAUUUUUAAAGCCCUUUUUACAUCAUCAGAUGUUACAAAGUGCAUAUACAGAAACCCAGCCUUAAACCCCAAACAGCAAGCAAUGCAGAUGUAAAAACACGAUGGUGUUAAGUCUAGUUUUCUGGAUGUUAAAAAAGGUGUACCACAGGGGUCGGUACUGGGACCUGUUCUCUUUACUGUUUCUGUAAAUAAUAUUGGUCUAUCUGUUAACAUUUGCAAUAGUCAUCUGUAUGCAGACGACAGUGUCAUGUAUGCCGUUGCCCCAACUGUUGACCAGGCUAUGUUAGAGCAGCAAUGGGACCUUGUUACCUUACAGAAAGCCCUGGUUGGUUUAAAACUUGUACUUCAUGUGGCCAAGACUAAAUAUAUGUUGUUCAGUAAUUCUCGCAAAAAUGCUUUAGAUGAACUACAUAUUUAUUCAUUGGAUGGUUCUCCCAUCGAUCGGGUUCCCACCUAUAAAUAUCUGGGCAUUUGGAGUGACAAAGACUUAAUGUUUAAAAAACAUAUGGAUGAGCUAGUUAAAAAGCUAAGAUUUAAAGUGGGCUUCUUUUUUUAGAACUAAUAUAGAUAUUACCUCUCCCUAAAUAGCAGGAAGCUUUCCUGCCAGUUCUUGACAAUGGUCAUGUUUUAUUGGUAAUUUAAGUUUUUCUUCCUGUUUGUGAGGACAUGUUUUUACUCAGGCCACCAUUGGGAAUGAGACCCUGGUCUCAAUUGGGCUUCCCUGAAUAAAUAAAAGUUAAUCAAAAAAAGAUAAUUCAGUCUAUAAAUAAAUAUAUCCAUAAACAAUCAGUUGAUUUGUUAACAGUUAACCAUCCAAUUAAUUAAUGUACCUAUUAGUUCAAUCAAUGUAUCCCUCGUUCGUUUGCUCACUCGUUUGCUCACUUACUCGCUAUUGGUUUUUACCAAUUUAUAUAUACAAACAUAUGUCACAAAGUGCAUAACAUGAACCCCUAACCCCUGACCCCUACAGGUGAACAUAUUGACCCUGGAGUGGCGUGACGGCCUGAUGGCGCUCAGCGUGCGAGCGGCCUGCAACGACACCAGCGAUGACCACAAGUGGAUCGUGUCGGACGGUCCGGUGGACGCGCUGUGGAUCGAGAACAUGAACACGGUCCUGGACGACAACAAGAUGCUGUGUCUGGCCAACAGCGAACGCAUCAAACUGACCCCAUCUAUACACAUGGUGUUUGAGGUCAGAGAGGGGUCAGGGAAUAGAAGUCCCUCUUCAUUGCAUUCUAGCGUUGCUCACAAGUGGGACAAUCACUAUGGACUUCUUUGACAUGAACAGAUAAUAGUGACAUGUUAAAAAUCCAGACUUGGUACAUUUUCUGCAACCGUUGUGUGUGUCAGGUCCAGGACCUGUCGGUGGCGUCCCCAGCCACAGUGAGUCGCUGUGGGAUGGUCUAUAUCGACUCUGACGAACUCAAGUGGAUGCCCUACGUCCAGACAUGGAUCACUGGCCUGGCUAAAAAG